UCAAGAUGGCAGCGAUGGCGGCUGGAGACGAACAUGCUGCCUCUGAAGUUUUGAGAGGACUCGCCAGACAUUUAAACUGUCUAAACGAAGACAACAAGGCGACCAGAAAGAGAGCUCUUGAGCUAAUCAAGAGAGAGACUGUAGACAAAGGACAUCCCAGCAGCGUCCUACAAGAGGUUUUCUCUGCCCUCCUCAAGCCUCUCCUCAAAUGUCUGUCAGACCCGAUGGAAAGAUGCAGAGAAACCGCGAUAACCAUGAUAACAGAGUUCAUUCGUUGUGUCCCAAAACCGGAGGAGUCGCUGCCGUAUCUCAUGCCCUGUCUGGCUCAGAGGCUCGGGGAGAAAGAGAUCCCGGAGCCGGCGGAGGAGCUUCGGCUGUCGGCCGUGGAGUUGUUGACACUGAUGGUGGAGGUGUGCGGGAAGCAUUUAGCGCCGUAUCUCACCGAAGUGAUCAACAUACUGCGGAUAACCAUCGUGGACCCUUUCCCAGAUGUCCGAAGAGAAAGCUGCAAAUGCACCAUACACUUUGCAAAGUGUGUGCCAGAGCACUUUCACAUGCAGGCUGAGAGUCUUGUUAAGCCUCUGAUGCAGACGAUUUCUCAUCAACACUCCCGGGUACGAGUGUCUGCCGUUGAAGCCACCGGGGCUGUCAUUCAGCACGGCACUGGGAAAAACAUGGAUGACGUGCUCUCCCACCUGGCACAGAGACUGUUUGACGACUCACCGCAGGUAAGAAAAGCUGUGACAGUGGUUGUUGGUGAUUGGCUACUUCACCUGAGAGACAGAUACUCUUAUUUCCACAAACUCAUCCCACUCCUGCUGACCGGUAUCGAUGAUGACAUCCCAGAAAUAAGACUUCUGUCAGCUGAUUUAUGGAAGCAGGUAGGAGCCCAGUGGGAGAAAGAGAAUGAGGACGAAAUCAAGGAUAAGAUGGACUUUCUCCUCACCCCACCUCCCUUCUACCCACCGGGAGUAGAGCGUCCAGGGCUGGGCUGCAGAGAGCUUGUGGUGAGAAACCUGGGUCGGCUGGUGCCGGCCAUUACCCACGACAUAACCGACUGGCUGGUGCCCACGCGGGUCAGGACCUCUCAACUGCUCUCUGUGCUGCUGCUUCACGCCGAGGACCACAGCACCCAGCAUCUGCAGCCCCUCCUGGCCACCCUCUACACGGCCUGCAAGGACACAGAGAGGGACGUGGUCAGCAAUUGCCUGGCAGCUGCUAAACUCUUGGGGACCUUUGUCCCUCCUGUCGUCUUCCUCAAGCUGCUUCUGGAUCAAGUGACAGCCCCCUGCUCUUCCUCUCACCCCUGGGCCCCCCUCAUGGUGCUGGCUGCGGUGCUGGGAGGCUGCUCCCAAACCCUCCUUAAACCACAUCUCGAAAAGAUUGCCAACACACUGUCCCAGCCCGACGUCUGCCAGGAAUAUCACCAGGUCGUGUACUUGGAGCAGUUGUUGGCCUGCGUGGAUGUGCUGCUGCGUCUGUGUGAGUCGGACCACCGCUCAGUCAGCCUGCAGCUGCUGCAGGUGUUGGUCACUGUCCAGAGUCUCUCCACUGAGCCACAUCUCAGCGAGAAGGCCUUGGAGAGUGUACAGCUCUUGAGUAAGGUGCAGGGCCUGGACUCGGCGAUGGAGCUUUAUAGACAACAUAUGGGCCAGCUGUUGGAUUGGCUAUCUGGCUCUGUCAACACCUGGUCCAGUUACUCCCCACAGAGACUUCAACUGCAUAUCACAGUCAUACAAGCAGGUCCAGUGAUUGGAGAGUUUGUGAGCCAGUUGAUGCCCCUGCUGUCCAGCUGCCUUCAACCGGACAGAGACCCAGAGUUGAGGAUGAGCAUCUUCACAAUGCUUGCUAAGUUGCUACUGGAUUCAACCAACACACUGGAUUCCCAGGGGCAUUUCCGUGAUGAGUCGGAGAAGUUCCUGUGUGACGUCUUGCUUCCUAACCUGGUGUGGCGGGCAGGUCAUAUUGCUGCUGCCGUCCGCACCUCAGCCCUCAGCUGUCUGCUGGCCCUGCUGCAUGGAGGGGCCAUCACACCAGGACAGCUGCUGUGUCUGGAGGAGAAGCUGAGUCCCCGGUUGUUGUCAGCCCUGGAAGAAGACUCUAAGAUGGGCCGACUGUUUGCUUGUCGCUCCCUGUCAGCCAUACUCCGACUCAUAGGAACCAGUCUACACCCAGAGGCCCUCAACAAGAUCUAUCCCAUGCUGCUGAAGCGUCUGGACGACAGCAGCGAGGAGGUGCGCGGCGUUGCCCUGCAGGCCCUCGGGCUGUGGCUGUCCAGCCUAACCAAAGACUACAACCCUGAGCUCUGUGCUGCUCAUCUGCAGCUCCUCUUCCAGCAGCUCCUCCUGCACCUGGAUGACCCCGACGGCUCAGUCCAGGACAAAGUGCUUGAGAUUCUGAAGAAAGGCAGCUCGGUCCACCCGGCACUUCUGAGAAGGGAGGCGGAGGCAGUGAGAGACCAACAGCGGAGUCGUCUUUACUGCGACCAGCUGCUGCAGCACAUCAGCUCACUGCCCACAGAGGCCACAGCAGAGUGUCCUGAGUGACAUGAAGUUUGUGCCUUAAUUCAAAGAGCUCUCUCACUUUUAACUGUACAACAUUGAUGAACAACCUCUAACAACAUGAUGGUAAUAAUACGGUGGAGUAUUUUUCACUUUAGGACUCGUUCCCCUUAAAAUGAAAAUGCUUGCCUUGAAUGAAUUAGCUCUCGUGUGGGUGAGUAGAUGACUUGUUUUUUUUAUUUAUAGUUGAACUUUUCAAUAUCCCUUUUAAUACAGAAUAUGUCCUUGACCAUUUGUUCAAGAACUGUUUUUCUGCGUUCAUUCCUGUGACUGUAAUCCUUUGGUUCUGAUGUUUGGCUUUAAUGAAAACAAACCGAUGUUUGAUGCACUGUGGUUGUGUUUUAAAUGUGAUACACUCAUAAGAUCUCUAGGUGAAUUCCUGUACCCAAAACUCUCACCAUCCCUGCCUGCAGAUGGUGCUGAGUCUAAGAGAAGCUGGGGUCAUGUGUUUGUUUGUUCUUCUUUUUUAUAAAACAAUACUUCAAUAUUGAGAUGUACAAGUGCAAAUUACAUUCAAAUAAAUCUGAAUCUUUUCAAUAUUGUAUGACACCAUCAUUAAAUAAUGUAUAUAA